UCUUUUAUGAUUCUUUCCCCUCCUCUCCCCGCAUCCGCUUGAUGAGACUGGCGUUUGUGUCGUUGGGGUGGUCGUCCCGGUUGCUCCUUCAUUCCCGUUUUGAGGUGCCGAUGGUUCUGUUUUGAAUGCAUUUUUUAAAAUACGUGAACUCCAUAUAUUGCUAUGCAAUUCCAAUUUAUGUUUUUAAAAAGCAAUUAUACAACUAACCUGAGGAAAAGAAAUUCCAACUGCGACCAAGAAGACUCAGACUCCUGAAGAAUGGCCAAAGACUGCAGCAAAAGAAUGGUUCUUCAAGAUGUGGUGGCAUUUGUGGAUGUGUGGUCCUCAAGUAAGACUGAAAACUACUCAAAACCAUUCAUAGGCCACUUGACUGAUAUGGGUGCCACAGUUCUAAAAUACUUUAAUAAGCAAGUGACCCAUGUAGUAUUCAAAGAUGGACAUGAAAGUGUUUGGAAGAAGGCCAAGAAAACUGGUGUAAAAUUGGUCUCUGUUUUGUGGGUAGAAAGGUGUAUGGCAACAUGUACCCAUGUUGAUGAAUCCCUAUUUCCUGCCGUGAAUGACAGUAAAUCCUUACCUGAAAAUAAAAGAACACAUCGAUGUAUGAAACCCAGGGAUUUCAUAAAAAAGACGCCAGAGAAUGACAAAAGGCUGCAGAGAAAAUUAGAUCAAAUGAUUCAGAAUCUAGAUUUGAAUAAAACUACUGGAGUUGAUCUGCCUUUACUUUCAUUUGAUGGAGAUGCUACAGAUCUACAUAUACCCAAAAUGAAAACUAUUCCCCUCAAUCACUUCUGCAGAAUGGAAGAAAGAUUGAAGGAAAUGAAAGACAAGAGGGAGAACCUUUCUCCCACCGCUUCCCAAAUGUCUCAAACAACAAUAUCAGGCUCUGCUGCAUCACUUUGCCAACCAUCCCUUGGGGAAUCUCCAUCAAUAACACCAAAAGAAAAUCAAGCAACUGGUUCAGAAUAUACAUCAACUAAUGAUCCUUGUGGAAGUUUUAGUAAUGAAAGUAAAUCUCUAGUUUCCAUACAUGCUUGUGCAGAACAAGUAGACCAACUUUCCACACCUGAAUCUUUGGCUGACCGUUUCCAUUUGCUGUCAGCUAAUUGUGAUUUAAUCAACAAAACCUCAAUGAGGAGAACUAAAAAAACAGUUGCAGCAACAAAAUUAGUUUUUCCGAAGGAAAGGAGUUCUUUGGCUUCAUCUGAUGGCACUGGCACAUCAACAAGUUCAUGUAAUGUGCAAAGGAAUAGAAAAUAUUCUGAAGGAGGAUAUCUACAGGCUUUGGACCAUGCAACGCAGGAACUUAAAGUUUAUAAUAUUAUAAGCAAAGCAAAUAGAAAUUUGCCACCCCCAGGGCAAGUAUCCAGCUCUGUUAAAGAAGGUGAUAUUGCAGAAAUGAACUCCAUGUUGAAUGUACAUCAUAAAAGUAAUAUCUCACCUUUGAAGCACAAAUAUUCCUCUUCAAGUAAAAAAAAUCCAACUAGCUCUAAGAAAAAUAGUGACUUAUGUGAACCCCAGUUUGAUCAUGUGACACCUACUAGAAAUGAAUUAUUUGAAGCAAGACCUUUUUCAAGCAGAUCCCCUUGUGAUUACUCCAUGUCGGAGGUAUAUGAGGACUUCUUUUCUCCUGACAAUUUGAAUGGUCAAAGUAAGUCAAGACUACCAUUACGUGUGUUUCCACCUGAAUCACCAAGUCCUCCCAAAAUAAAUUCUGUAUGUGUUAAGCAGAAGAGAAAACUACAAGGAACCAAUCGGUCAAGUUCUAUAGCUAGAACAAAGAGAAUGAAGGUUAUGACAAAUUUCAAUGCUUCAGAGCAGCUGAAUCCUGGUGUUUGUAAUUCGAAUGAAUCUUUGAAUAUGAUUACAGUAAUUGACAAUAAUAACCCUCAUAAACAAAAUGAUGCACAACAUCCAGUAGCUACAAGAAUUCAUAACCGAAGGAAGUUUUGUAUAAAACAACUACUUGAACAUUUUCUUGAUGAAUCAGAGGAAUUGCCAAGCAAUAAAUUGUCUUUGAAGAAAGGAUCAGGUUUUCCCAAGGGUAAUGGAGAAAGAAAAUUUGAUUUAUUUUCAAAUGAUUCUCCUCCAACUUAUUUUUAUGAUCAUAGGAGCGGAGUAAAUCAUUCAUCAAAUUUGCAUAAUGAAACAAAAAACAACUCUCUAAAGUUUACCGAUCAGUUGAAUAAGGAGCAAAAUGAAAUGGAAAAAGUACGACAUCACCAAAAGAAUGUGUUAUCUAAAGAAAUCUUAACCACUGGCAAUGAUAUGGAAGAUAAGCAUCUUAAUGAACCCUGCCAAAGUCAUAAUAAGUAUACAACUGAACUAACACGUACUACAAUUGGAUGCAAAGGGAAGACUAAAAAGCCAAGCAGAACACUAGUCAUGACGAGUAUGCCUUCAGAGAAUCAGAUUAUUGUAAUGCAAGUUGUGAAACACCUCGGUGGCUUUUUAUUCUCAGACCAAGUGAAUGAAACAACUACUCAUGUUGUCGCAGGACACCCACGACGUACAUUGAAUGUCUUGUUUGGAAUUGCCCAGGGAUGUUGGAUUUUGUCCUUUGACUGGAUUCUUUGGUCUUUGGAGCAAGGGUUUUGGGUUCCUGAAGAGCCCUAUGAACUAUCAGCCCAAUUUCCGGCAGCAACUAGGGGUGUGAAUUUCUGGAAUUAUUUACCCAGAAGUUGUGGAGGCUAAAUCAAGAAGCAUUUGAAGAGAUGGAGACAAAUUCUUGAAAUAUUGGGGAGUUGAAAGCUGUGAUGAGUUGGCAGAAAAUGGAUGACACCUGAAGCAGAGCAACAAUGAUCUUGUUGAAUGAUCGGACCAACCUUGAGGGGUUGAAUGGCCAAAUCAAAUUAUUUGCUCUUGUAUUCAUCUUGACUUAUAUUGUACCAAACAUUAUUUAAUAAUGUGAUGUGAAUUAAGCAGAAUUAAUGACACAGCAUACUCAUAAAAUGUUUUAAUUCAAAGUAUUCAGUCAUCAUCUUUUAAGAGGAACAAACUGUAUGAGCAACUGUAUGAAGUAUUGUUGAGAGCAAUAGGAAGCUCAGAGAAAGCGAAUUGUACAAAUGUCAUGUUAUACUUUUAAAAUGUUUUUAAAAAACCUUAUGUUGUGUUUUUUUUUCUCUUCAAGCAGAUCUACGUCUUGCUUUCAUUUGUCAAAGCUUGGCUUUAAUUUUAAGAUUGUGGUCCCCUUGUUCUGGUUUGAUCAGUCUGAGAUCUAUUUGACAAGUGCUGAUUUUUAUGAGGCACAUGAAAUUUCAAAUAUCUCAUUCACAACUACUGGAGAUUUAAAUUAAUUCUGUUGACCCAUGGGUUUCUGUGGUCCUUUAGUUGCUUGCAGUUACAAUUUUAUUAUACAGUCCCUGCAUGAGCAUUGAGAAUCAGUAAAUUUCACACAUUGGUGGUUGUCCAACUGUAUCA